UCCGACACCCAACCAACGUCCGGAUACGCCGCCACGGCCUUUAUAUCCGCUUUUCCAGAUGCUACUGGAAGAAGCAUCCAAAACAAAAACAAAUCUGCCGUGCUCCACCUUCUGCUCCCCCUCCGGCUACGGCGGCGCUGAUCUCCGGUCGGGAGAUAGGUUCUUCCCCCCUCGCGAAUCGAAGAGAUAAAUAAAAGUUAUGGAUUAGUCUUUACCUUCGUUUAGUUCCGUUUUCUUUCGAUCUGAUCCGGAAUUUAAGUGCCUGCUGAUUUUGAAGGUUCCACCGGAAUUGGGAUGAGUUGCUUGCAGUAUCUACUCAUGACAAAGAUCUCUAGCUUUUCUGCGGGGGCGCGAAUCCGGGGGGCGGCGCCAUGGCCGAGCACCUCGCGUCGAUCUUCGGCACGGAGAAGGACCGCGUGAACUGCCCGUUCUACUUCAAGAUCGGCGCGUGCCGGCACGGCGACCGCUGCUCCCGCCUGCACAACAAGCCGUCCGUCUCGCCCACGCUGCUGCUCUGCAACAUGUACCAGCGCCCCGACAUGAUCACCCCGGGCGUGGACGCGCAGGGCAACCCCAUCGACCCCGUCAAGAUCCAGGGCGACUUCGAGGACUUCUACGAGGACAUCUUCGACGAGCUCAGCAAGCACGGCGAGGUCGAGAACCUGCACGUCUGCGACAACCUCGCCGACCACCUCAUCGGCAACGUCUACGUGCAGUUCAGGGAGGAGGACCAGGCCGCCAAGGCGCUCCAGGCGCUGCAGGGGAGGUUCUACUCGGGCCGCCCCAUCAUUGCUGAGUUCUCGCCCGUCACCGACUUCCGGGAGGCCACCUGCCGGCAGUUCGAGGAGCACAACUGCAACCGUGGAGGGUACUGCAACUUCAUGCAUGUCAAGGAGAUUGGCAGGGACCUCAGGAAGAGGCUGUAUGGGCACCUGCAUAGGUCCAGGAGGAGCCACAGCAGGAGCAGCCGGAGCCCGAGCCCCUACCGUCACCACGCCAGGGACCGUGAUCGCUCCUCGCGGUCUAGGGACCGUGGCGACUACUAUGGAGGCAGCCUGGACCGUGGUGACUACGGCGACUACUACCACCAUAGCCGGAGGAGCAGCGAGAGGAACCGCAACUAUGACAGCGAUGGGAGCAGGCUGCGCCGGCGACACAGGUCUAGGACUAGGAGCCCGGUCAGGGAGGGCAGCGAGGAGAGGAGGGCGAAGAUUGAGCAGUGGAACCGUGAAAGGGAGGCGCCUGCCAGGCAGGGCAGCGAGGAGAGGAGGGCGAAGAUCGAGCAGUGGAACCGUGAGAGGGAGACGGCGCAGGCGUGAGAUCUCCGGUCUUACUGCAGGUUGCAGUGUUGCCUUGUUCACCGGAUGUUCUGCUUGCUUGUCUGAUCUUGUAAUGGUAGAUGGAGUUAGAUUGUGGUCCUAGUGAACUUACUCGGAUGCCUGAUGUAACAUCUUUAGUGUGGUUCUUGUUGAACUUCCUCUUUAGAUUUGUUGAUGGUAUAGUGUGUUCAAUCUUCGCCCUCGGAUGCCUGAUUGUAUUUGGUGUUGAACUUGUUAUUGUUAUGAUUAUAUAGUGUGUUCCCUGAAUGUUCCUUUGCUCA